AUGUUUUUAGCCUAUGAAUCAACGGUGUUCUACAGUGGCAAGCACUUGGGUGUCGUUGCAAGAGAACUAUGUGAGGGAGAUUCAUGUAAUGAGAUUUCUGAGGAAGAGGAGGAACAAGUACAAGAUGAAGACUGCAACUCCGUAUUCGGCUGCUACCACAGCAGUAUCAAAGAGGAGGACAGGUGCUCUUGCUACAGGGACUGUCGUCACUCUGGCCCCAGGGUGUGUGGUUCAGAUGGGGUCCUCUACCCCAACAAGUGCAGAAUGGAGGUGGAGGCCUGUAGCCAAGGAGUGCACAUUGAAGCUGUGCCUCUGAUGAACUGUGAUGGGAUGAAACGAGUAACGGACCUUCCCCAGACCACUGCUUCUUCCCACAAUUCCUCUAAAGUGGAUAUUAAGAGACCCGGGGAGGUAUCCCAGGUUGAUGCUGGGUCAGGUGAAAUGGAGGGUUCUGGGGAUGUGGCUCAGGUCACCAGCAACACGAAAAUAUUAGUGGCUGCCACCACAAAGCCUCUUCAAGAUCAACUCCAGGAAGUCAAACCAGGUGAGGAGGAUUAUGCUUACUAUGAUGACUAUUAUGGACGCCCUGAUGAAAUACCAGCAGAUGAUCAGUAUCAGUACAUUUUUCCUGAGCCUGUGGACCCUAGGAGAGACAUUUGGAGACAAGGUCUGGUUGAUCUCCCAUUACCUGAGGAUGCCUCAGCUUCAAAAGUGAAAGGCAAAGAUACUGAUAGUGUGGAUGAGGUCACUGACACAAUUCAAACUGACACAAGUGAGAAAGACUCUCCUGGUGAAAUAGCUCACAGAAUUCAGACUGACGCAGAGAACAUUACUGAAGGGCAGCAGAUGCAAGGUCCAAUUUCACAUCAUAUUUCUACAUCACACAGCCCUCUAGAGGCAACAACAGAAGCAUCAGUGGAUGUGAGAAACCAGUCAUUGGUGGCCAAACCCCAGAUCAAGUUCAUGCCACCACCAUAUAUCAAAGACAGUCCCCAGGUUGUGUUCAAAUCCAGAGAAUCAGAGGUCACAGACACCAAUAAGGAGGAUGAACAAGGAGGAUAAGUACAUGUCCUCAGAUCAAACAGUUAGGCUGUGAAUGAGAGGGUGAACAAAGGAUAGAGUUGCAGACAACAAAGAGUCAGAAAAAAAGUGCUAAACUGAUAUAAUACCUCACUUUAUGUUAUUGAAGAAAUGCUAUGUAAAUAUGUCCGUUUUUUCCUAUUUUAUGCAUAUCUUUUUUGUUAUAAACAUGAUUUAAGACACUGCAUGGAGGUUUCAUAUGGCAAGCUGGGUGUUUGAGUCCACUGAUAAUUUAGUUUUUCUGUAAUAUCAUCCAACCCAGAGAGAGAAUUAAAACGUACAUUUAAGGUUGUUAAGUUUUUGAUUGGAUUUUUGGUGAAAUGUAACUGAAGACUUUACAAGUCAAAAUAAGUCAAUUUUGAUUCAGAAAGUUUAAAUAAUCAAUUUCCAUUUGUCAGAAGAAAAUGUAAAUGAAAUGCAGAGAAUGAUAACCAUGGUUAUUUUUUAUUUUCCAGACAUUAUUCCUCAAGUAAGUCACAUCACAACCAAUCCUUACAUGCUAAUUGAAAGCAAAUAUGACUACCUCACUGUCUGUAACCAAGUAUAUAAGUUUUGUUAAAAGCGAUCACACAUCAAGGGAUACUUUACACACAAAGAAAUAAUAAAAUGAAUGGUUCAUAAAUAGUUUCCAUUCAGAAAUCUAGUUUGCAUAUCAGCUGGUCGAUGCACAUUUGUUACAUAAUCCUAGUUCAAUUGCAUAAGAUCGAUUUUGUACUACGAAAAUACAAACAGACAACCAUGCAAUUAAGGCUCAGAACAAUUAUUUGACAUUACA